UCAGGGAGCGCAGAGGGAUUCCGGCCAGGGUCCCUCCCCAAGCGGAGGGCCCUGGUGGGCCGGGAAAACUACACUUCCCGGCAUGCCUCACCUCGGGUGCGCCUGCGUACCGGAGCAAUCCCGCUGGCGAGCGGGUUAGUUUAAAGAGCUGUUUUAAGUUCCAUGGAAACAAACUUGCUGGCCGCAGGACGGAGCUACGGACUGGUGGAUGGAUUAGGGGUGCAUAUGGAAACCACAGUGUGCAGACCAGUCCUGUCUCCAACCCACAUCAAUGCGACAGCUUCAGAAACGUUCACAGUCCUUCAGCAGAAGAUGAGAAUAGUUGAGGAACAAACCAGCUCUCUGAGAGAUGACCUAAUAAUGCUAGGAUAUGGUGACAGACGAUGUCAAUUACAAACUUCAGACUAUUUAGAAGACCCUGUCAGCCAGAAAGUCACUAGUCCUAUUCCAAAUGAAGUAGUUUGUCCAGAAAGCAGAGGUAUUUUGUGGAAGAACUAUGAAUUCCUGGCAAAUCGAAUGUGCUAUUUGGAGAACCUCAUCCAGCCCUUGAAGAUGAACAUCUUUCACCUACAAACUGAAAAGGACCUGAAUCCACAGAAAGCAGCGUUUCUGAAGGAUCAGCUGAACACAAUACAGGGGGAGCACUUCAAGGACCUGAAGCUGUUGCAACUUGAAGUGAUGAAUUUGCGCCAGCAACUGAAAGUUGUUAAGGAGGAAGAAGACAGGGCACAAGAUGAAGUGCAGAGGUUGACUGCUACUCUGGAAAUUGCCACAGAGACAAAGAAGAACGCGGCUGUCAUUGAGGAGGAGCUAAAGACCACAAAGCGUAAAAUGAACCUUAAAAUUCAAGAGCUCAGGCGACAACUGGCUCAGGAGGAGCAUGUCAGGGCGUCUCUUGAGAAGUCUGCAUCAUCCAUGCUCCUCAAAGUACAUGAGAUGGAGUCAGCGGUGGAGGCCGAACGGCAGCAGGUGCACACUUUGCAGCAGAAGUGCAUCGAUCUACACAGCUCUAUGCAAACAACCCAAGAACUGCUGGCCCAGGAGCAGCAGAAGAGUAACGGCUUGGAGAUGACGGCCUCGCAGCUCAAGUCUGAUCUAAUUUCCAGAGAUAACCUGAUUUACAAGUUGGUUGAAGAAAAUAAGAGUACACAAAUGUCUCUCAAGAAGGAACAUGAAGAAAAUACUUAUUUGAAAUCUGAAGUACUGUCCCUUCAAGAUAUAUCAGGAAAAGCACAGGUUUUGAAUGACCAACUUUCCAAAAAGUGUUCAGAGCUUACCAGCAUGCUUAAGGCUGUUAAACUGGAAAAUUCCAGAAUUAUUGCUGAACAUCAUGCUACUUUGAAGGUAGAGCAGAAAAUGAUAACAGAGACAUUUCAAGAGCAAAAUUUACUGUUAGACACAGCCCAUGCCAGCAUCACAGGCGAGCUCCAAACUGUGCAGAAUGAUAAAGCGCAACUCCAGAUGCAUCUAGACCAUUUAAUUCUUGAGCACAAUCAGUGUCUCCAGAAAGCACAGGAGGCUGAGAAGAGGACAAUGGCACAAAAAGAACUUCUAGAAUCAACUAUUGCAAGACUACGAGGUGAACUGGAAGCAUCAAUGCAGGAGAAGAAGUCUCUGCUGGAGAAGAAUGAAUGGUUUCAGAGGGAGCAGGUUAAUAAAUCAGAAAAGGGAGUAGCCAAAGAAAAAUGCAAUUUGGAAAAAGAAUUAGCUGAAAGCAAGGAAGACACUAAUGUGUUGAAUCAAAACCUGCAGAUUCUAGUUGAAGAAAAUAAGCAUCUGACAGAUAAGAUGGCUUCCCUUGAACAUCACAAAGCCACUUCUGAUUACCAAGGGUUUGCUCAGCAGAAAGUGGAGAAGGCCUUGGAAAAAAUUACUGAGAGUAAAAAUAAGCUUGCCUAUGAAAAGGGGAAACUCCAGAUAAAAGUCAAACAGCUAGAAGAACAGCUGCACACUUUUACUGAAACCAGGCUGCACAACGACCACCUACAAAGACAGAAUAAGGCUUUAGAGGUCAAGCAUGCUCAGAUAAAAUCUCUUCUUGGGAAAAAUGAGGAAGAGCUGGCUGAAGCAGUGAAGUGUCGGGAUGCUGCCCUGAAAGAAAGCCAGAAGUUGAAAGGGGACCUGGAGGCAUUGGAGGACAGGGAGAACAAGAAGGUGGGUAACUUUCAGAAACAAUUAGCAGAGGCUAAAGAAGACAACUGCAAAGUCACAAUCAUGCUGGAAAAUGUGCUGGCUUCCCACAGUAAGAUGCAGGGUGCCCUGGAGAAAGUCCAGAUAGAGCUCGGGAGGAGAGAUUCAGAGAUCGCAGGCCUCAAGAAGGAAAGGUCUCUAAAUCAGCAGCGAGUACAGAAGCUUGAAGCGGAGGUGGACCAGUGGCAGGCCAGGAUGCUGAUUGUGGAGGCCCAGCACAGCAAUGAGAUGGAGCCACUACAGAAGUCUCUAGAUGUAACUAGAGAAGAUAACAGGAAACUGGCCAUGAGCCUAGAGCAGGCUCUCCAGACAAAUGGCCAUCUGCAGUCUAAGCUUGAUCACCUCCAAGAAAAACUGGAGAGCAAAGAGCGUGAGCGGCAGAAUCUGGAAGCCUUCAAAGAGCGGGUUGCUGAGGAAUCCAAAGUAGAAGCAGAAUUACAUGCAGAACGCAUUGAAGCUCUGAGGAAGCAGUUUCAAACCGAGAGAGAGACUGCAAAGAAAGUAUCACAUAGGGAAGUUUCUGAGCUGAAGAAAGCUCUUGACGAAGCCAACUUCAGAUCUGUAGAAGUGUCCCGGACAAACCGAGAGCUACGACACAAAGCUACAGAGCUAGAAAAAGUGGUGAACAGUAACAAGGAAAAGCUCAAGAACCAACGGGCCCAGAUAAGGAUGCACUUGUCAGCCAAAGCAAACAGUGCACAGAACAUGGAGAGGAUGAAGCAAAUAGAAAUGGAAUUGAGGCAAAUGGAGAUAAUUAAGGAUCAAUAUCAGAAAAAGAACUAUGAACAGUCAUUGAGUAUCCAGAGAUUUGUAUCUGAAAUGAAUGCUCUGCAGAAGGAGAUGGAGAUGUUAGCUAAGAGCCAGUAUGAGACCUCAGCGAGAAAUAAACAGCAAGAGUUGAGACUAGUGGCUGAGCGAAAAAUAAGGCAGGAGCUAGAAAGCCGAUGCAAGGACCUGGAAGACACCAUCAGACACCUGAGGAAAUGUAAAGAAGCAACAGAGAAUAAACUGAAAGAAGCCAGUGUGGAAUCUGAACAGGUGAGCCAGAUAACAGCUAAUCUGGAAGAAGCUCACCGCUGGUUUAAAUGCAGGUUCGAUGGAUUACAACUUGAGCUGACAAAAAACCGGUUGCAGAGGCUUCCCCGGGAAGACAGGUGGCUGGAAGAGGGGGCUGGCGGCAACUGCCUUCAGCUCUGCUGACCCUUUGCCAUUACCAUGAGACGAUAAGGCACCUAGCAUCCCAGAAGACACCAGCAAUAAGGUGCCCCUGGAUGUGGAGAGCAGAGUCCCAUCACACACUAACCCUGUCAGCAACUCCAUCUUGGAUUUCCUGGCUUCCAGAACUGUGAGAAAUCAUUUCUGCUCUUUAUAAACUUUCUACCCAAAGUUAUUUUGUUUCAAAAAGCAAACACAAACUGAGACAUUUGGUUAAGGAAUUUACUUGGACACUAUUGUUAUUGGAUGCUAUUAUUCAUAGAUGUCUUUCCUCAGAAAGAUAAUUGUGCAUUAGGUGUGUGUAUGUAUAUGUGUGAGUCUGUGCUUGUGUAUGUGUGUGUUUGACAAAUAUAUAUAUAUAUAUACAAAUAUAUAUGUAAAAGAUGAAUGAAAUGAAUGAAAGUAUUAGAGCUUUUAGUCUUGACUCAGCCAGGAGUCCUAUAGAUAAUUAACCUUGGUCCUGAGCCAACACUAAAGACCUGAAUUCAUAUAAGAAGUUCACAAUCACUACACAUGGGCUAUGAUCAUCUUUGGUGGAUAGACAUCUGCUGCCCUAAUUACCUAUGACAAUCACAAGUACAUGCCAGAAUAUUCAUGUCCUGAUCUAGAACAAGAACAAUUUUCUUCAUUUAGGUAUCAUCAUCAAAAGGUAUUGUUAUUAACAUGUUCAUUUAGAUUACCUAUUUGAGUUUGGGAAAGCGAAUUAUAGUUAGAUUGGUGACCAUUUCUAGUAAGACUGUAGUAGUAAUUAGUAAGGGAGAUGUGAUAACUAAAUUAAAACUAGACUACCAAAUAAUGUGACCAGAGAAUGACCCAAAGAAUACAUGGCCUGUGAUGAAAGUAUGCAAAUCAGUAAGGCAGAAAAAUCUUGUUCUGAUGAUCUUAGGUACCUCUUGUGCUGAAGCUCUUUUAGAUUAUGCUGGGAAGCUUUCUGAUGAAGUUGGGCCUCUAGUGUGUAUAAUCCAAUUCUGUAAGGCCUUUCUGGUUUUCUAGAAACUCAAAAGUUAUAUGAGCAAUUACACUAAAUGACAGUUUACUCAAAUUAUGAGAAAUACUGCUACCUUCAUGGUCCUUGCUCGUUAGAUGAAAUGUCUUUGUAGUUUAAAAAAAAAAUGUAUCCCUGGAUUACCUAGAACUAUAUGGACCAGGGUCCCCUCAAUCUCGCAAAAAUCUACCUCCCUUUGCCUCUUGACUACUGGAGCCAAAAGUAAGCACCAACAUUCCUGACAUUUUUAGAUUUCGUAACUUAAUGGAUUUUAAAGUAUUCUCUUUUCAGACUGGGCCAGCUCAUAGGAUGUGUGACGAGAGUUUGGGAGAAUGCAAGCAAGCAGGUUCAGGAAAUUUACCAGACUAGACCUGGACAUGGUUCUGAGACCCAAAAUAGACCUAAAAAUUGGAUAUGGCACAGUAGGCUAGGUCCAGGCAUUCUUAUUACGCUCUACUAGCAUACAAGAUGUGUGAUUGGGCCAAGCCUCAAGGCUUGGAGUAGUUCAGACAAGACUGUUCAGACUGUAUACUUUGAUUUAUUUUUGAGAGUACUAAUUGUUCUGAAGCAAGGGGAUAAUGCCUGAUUUAUUGGAUCAAGAGAUAGGCAAUGGUUCUUCUAAGUUAUCUAUUGUUGACACCCUUAGAGCAUGGCCUAACCUUUUCAUAUUUGUAAAACUCUCAAGAGAAAUCUAUACUUGCUCCCAGAUUUAAUGUGCCUGUGAAAGUGUUUAGCCUUAAUAGAUCCUGAAAUUAUGGCAAUUGUAGAAUGGAUAAAGAAAUGUUUAUGACUCAGGUAUUAAAAACAGUGACAUGAAGUUUUCAGGUAAAUGGAUGGAAGUAGAAAAGAUUGUCCUGGAUGAGCUAAUGCAAACCCAGAAAGACAACAUGGUAUUUACUCACUUUUAAGAUAUGGACAUUAGCCAUAAAGUACAGGAAAACCAUGCUAUGAUCCAUAUAACGGGGGGCGUGGGGGGCCAAGGAGGAUGCUUGAACCUCAUGAAGAAAAGUAGACAUCAUGGGGUAGAUAGAAGGAGAAAAAGUGUGGGGAAGGGGGUGGGAGGGAACAAGAAGGUUCAAGUCUGGAGAAGACAGAGACAACUGGGAGAGAGAACUGGAAUUGGGGUGUGUGUGUGUGUGUGUGUGUGAGAGAGAGAGAGAGAGAGAGAGAGAGAGAGAGAGAGAGAGAGAGAGAGAGAGAGAGAGAGAGAGAAAGUAAGUUUGCCUGAUCUUGAUUUAGCUUUGGUAAGUAAUAUCUAUCAAGAAAAUCAUUCAUUUCCUUUAGAUUUUGCAGUUUUGUGGGGUACAGGCUUUUGAAAUGAGACCUAAUGAUUUUUUUUUAUUUCCUCAGUGUCAGUUGUUAUAUCUCCCUUUUCAUUACUGAUUUUAUUUUGAUACUGUCUGCUUUUUAGUUUGACAAAGGGUUAUCUAUCUUGUUGGUUUUCUCAAAGAACCAACUCUUCAUUUGAUUCUUUGCAUUGUUCUCUUAGUUUCUAACUGAUUUUAUUCCGAGUUUGAUCAUUUCCAGCCCUCUGCUCCUCUUGGGUGUGUUUGCUUCUCUUAGUUGUAGAGCUUUCAGGUGAGCUGUAAUGCUAGUAUGCGAUCUCUCCGAUCUCUUUAUGAAGGCACUUAGUACUACGAACUUUCCUCCUACCACUGCUUUCAUUAUAGCCCAUAAGUUUGGGCAUAUUGUGCCUUCAUUUUUGUUGAGGUCUAGAAAGUCUUUAAUUUCUUUAUGUCUUCCCUGACAUAAAGAGUUCCCUGAGUAGGGAGUUGUCAAGUUUCUAUGCGUUUGUAGGCUUCCUGUUGUUUCCGUUAUUGUUGAAGUCCAGCUUUAAUCCCUGGUGGUCUGGUAAGAUACAGGGGUUUAUACAGGGGUUUACUGUAAUUUUCUUGUAUAUGUUAAGACUUGCAGGGGUUGGAGCGAUAGCUCAGUGGUUAAGAGCACUGAUUGCUCUUCCAGAGGUCCUGAGUUCAAUUCCCAGCAACCACAUGGUGGCUCACAACCAUCUGUAAUGGGAUCUGAUGUCCUCUUCUGGUGCGUCUGAAGACAGCUACAGCAUACUCACAUACAUACAAUAAGUGAAUGUUUAAAAAACUUUCCUUCCAGUUUCCGACUGUGCCCACAGCUGACCCUGUGCCACAGCUCUCUGUACCUAAAUCCUGCUGGGAGAGAGCUGGUCUCCCAGAAGUGCUGACACAGCUGAGAGGACAGAUGAGACCACCACUUCUGUUCAAAUACGUGGCCCAAAUGGAACCUGCCCAGAGCUCUCAGGACACAGGAACCAAGGAGCAGUCUGGCAUCCAAAUAGCACCUGGGUUUGGUGGGUGUAUAUGGGCUGGAUCCCCAGGUAGGACAGUCUCUGGAUGGACUUUCCUUCAGUCUUUGCUCCACACUUUGUCUCUAUAUUUCCCCCUGAGUAUUUUUGUUCCCCCUUCUAAGAAGGUCUGAAGUAACCACUCUUUCUUUGGUCUUCCUUCUUUUUGAGCUUCAUGUGAUCUAUGAAUUGUAUCUUGGGUAUUCUGAGCUUUGGGCUAAUAUCCACUUAUCAAUGAGUGCAUAGCAUGUGUGUUCUUUUGUUACUGGGUUACCUCAUUCAGGAUAUUUUCUAAUUCCAUCCAUUUGCCUAAAAAUUUCAUUAAAUCAUUGUUUUUAAUAGCUGAGCAGUAUUCCAUUGUGUAAAUGUGCCACAUUUUUUUGUAUCCAUUCCUCUGUUGAAGAAGGGUUGUUUCCAGCUUCUGAUUAUUAUAAAUAAGGCUACUAUGAACAUAGUGGAGCAUGUGUCCUUGUUAUAUGUUAGAGCAUCUUUUGGGUAUAUGCCUAGGAGUGGUAUAGUUGGGUCCUCAGGUAGUACUAUGUCCAAUUUUCUGAGGAAACUCCAGACUGAUUACCAGUGGUUGUACCAGCUUGUAAUCCAACCAACAAAAUGGAGGAGGGUUCCUCUUUCUCUACAUCCUCUCCAGCAUCUGUCACCUGAGUUUUUGAUCUUAGCCAUUCUGACUGGUGUGAGGUGGAAUCUCGGGGUUUUGAUUUGCAUUUCCCUGAUGACUAAGGAUGUUGAACAUUUCUUUAGGUGCCUCUUGCCAUUUGGUAUUCCUCAGCUGUGAAUUCUUUGUUUAGCUCUGUAGCCCAUUUUUCAAAAGGGUUAUUUGAUUCUCUGGAGUCUAACUUCUUGAGUUCUUGUAUGUAACAUGUUGGAUAUUAGAUGCAGGAUUGGUAAAGAUCUUUUCCCAACCUGUUGGUUGCCAUUUUAUCCUAUUGACAGUGUCCUUUGCCUUACAGAAGCUUUGCUGUUUUAUGAAGUCCCAUUUGUCAAUUCUUGAUCUUAGAGCAUAAGCCAUUGGUGUUCUAUACAGGAAAUUUUCCCCAAUCCCAUGUUUUCAAGGCUCUUAACCACUUUGUCUUCUAUUAGUUUCAGCAUAUCUGGUUUUAUGUGGAGGUCCUUGAUCCACUUGGACUUGAGCUUUGUUCAGGGACAUAAGAAUGGAUCAAUUUGCAUUCUUCUUCUACAUGCUGAUCUCCAGUUGAACCAGCACCAUUUGUUGAAAAUGCUUUUUUACACUGGAUGGUUUUAGCUCCUUUGUCAAAGAUCAAGUGACCAUUAAGUGUGUGGGUUCAUUUCUGGGUCUUCAAUUCUAUACUACUGUUCUGUCUCCUGUCUCUGUACCAAUACCAUGCAGUUUUUAUCACUAUUGCUCUGUAAUACAGCUUGAGGUCAGGGAUGGUGAUUCCCCCAGAAGUUCUUUUAUUGUUGAGAAUAGUUUUCGCUAUCCUGGAUUUUUUGUUAUUCCAAAUGAAGUUGCAAAUUGCUCUUUCUGUCUCUAUGAAGAACUGAGUUAGAAUUUUGUUGGGGAUUGCAUUGAAUCUGUAGAUUGUUUUUGGCAAAAUGGCCAUUUUUACUAUAUUAAUCCUGCAAAUCCAUGAGCAUGGAAGGUCUUUCUAUCGUCUGAGAUCUUCUUCAAUUUCUUUCUUCAGAGACUUGAAGUUCUUGUCAUACAGAUCUUUCACUUGCUUGGUUAGAGUCACACCAAGGUAUUUCAUAUCAUUUGUGACUAUUGUAAAGGGAGUUGUUUCCCUAAUUUCUUUCUCAGCCUGUUUAUCAUUUGAGCAGAGGAAGGCUACUGGUUUGAGUUAAAUUUUAUAUCCAGCCACUUUGCUGAAGUUAUUAAUCAACUGUAGAAAUUCUCUGGUGGAAUUUUUGGAGUAAUUUAUGUAUAUUAUUGUAUCAUCUGCAAAUAGUGAAUAUUCUGACUUCUUUUCCAAUUUGUAUCACUUUGAUCUCUUUUUGUUGUCUCAUUGCUCUGGUUAGGGCUUCAAGUACUAUAUUGAAUAGGUAGGGAGAGAGUAGGGAAGUCUUGUCUAGUCCCUGAGUUAACUUUACUCUUCAACAAAGCUUGUGUAGUCAUAAUCUUAAACUGAUAGAAAUCUUCAUCACUGAUAUAAAACUGAAGUUAUAAUUUCUUACAUUGGUACAGAAUUUAUAUAUUGACAUAGAUUUAAGGUUUUCAUUGUUAUAAAUCCUUGUAUAUUGAUACAAAAUUUAAAAUUAAUAGUUACUCUUAGAUAAGCAUUGUGCCUAUGCAACUCAUUUAAGAAUACAAGGCUUUGACUCAGUCCUUCUAAUAGCUGCUAUCACAAACUGCUUAGGAUGAUCAAGUAAAGCAAGUUACGGGCCAGAUAGCAAACUCGUGGUUAUGUUAGGUUCUGAUUUAACUAUAAUAAAGUAUUUUCAAUAUUAUUCAAAUAGAAAUAGCUAAGGGUAGUUAAGGUUUAACAGUUUGGAUAUACUUUAGUCUUCAAAACAUCAGAAAUCAACAGAAUAUGACAUUUAAUGUUAUUUCAUUAUUAAAGAUCAUUUGACUAUGGGACAUGUCUGCUCCUGACAGCACCUCCUCUACAGUUCAAAGAAGGCGUUGAGCAUCAUUAUCUCCAGAGUUGCUUUAUGGUACCAAAUGUAGGCCACUGGCAGGAAUGGCCCUAAUUCAUCUGCAGAUAAAGAAUACUGUCCAGGAAAGGAUACACAUGUAGGAUAGUCGACAGCUUAGCUCUGCCAAGACAGGGUGAACUAGUCCUUCAUAAUUCUGCUUCACAUAAGGUCUGCCAGAUGGAUCUGGGCCAGAAGGCUGAAGACAGAUGUUCCAGUGUUGUAAGAAAUUAGGGGACUGUCCAUGUAGUCAGCAAUCUCUGCAAAUUGGUUACGUUUUGGAGGCUAUGUUUCUGUACUUCCUGUGUAUCCAGGUAAUAUUUAACUCAUGUUUGGAUCUCUGACAAGGUUGAAGACUAGCUAUCAUCUCAAAAUCAAACUUAAGUUCUUUAGCAUUGAGGAAGAUGUGGAUUUGAAAGGAUGGUUUUCAGAUGGUAAUGCAAGUUAAAAUCAAAACAUAAGGUAAGAACUGUAGACUCUUUCAGUUAGGAUAGAUGAUAGAAUAUGCACCUAAAUUGACAUAAUUGAUAGACUGGACGCUGUUAGUGUGUAUCAUACCUCAUAGUUUGCAUAACUGUUCUAAUUAUGUUCAGCAUAUAUCCGAAAAGGCUUUUUUAGUGGACAAAAAGGGGGGAAAUGUAGCAGCUUGUAUUCUUAUGCUAAUUAUAAUUGGGAAAUAAAGUUGUCAGCAGCCAAUAGCAGGUAGACAAAAGCAGGACUUUUAGGAUUCCUAGGCAAGAAACGCAAGAGAAGGAGAAGAAAGGAUUCACCCAUGACAAGGAUGUAGGACAGACCACGCUGGGAAGGUGCAGGACGGUGAAUGGCUGAAUUGUAGGUGCAAGAGCAAAGCAGCUCCAAGAAGGGCUGUCUAGAAAGAUCCAUGGGUAGCAAAGAUAAAAUAUAGAUUUAGUAAGUAUUAACUCAGGAAUAUCAGAGGAGAGUGUGUUAGCCACGCAGAGGUUCAGGAGUGGCCCAAGCAUUAAGCUAGCUUAGAACAUAUUAAAAGUAAGAUGGUGUGGGGUUGGGGAUAUAGCUCACUGGUAGAGCGCUUGCCUAGCAAGCGCAAGGCCCUGGGAUCAGUCCCCAGCUCCGAAAAAAAAAAAAAAGAUGGUGUAUGUGUCUUUCAUUCAUGAAUCCAGAGAUCUUGUGUGGGUGCAGAGGAGGUAUGCACACACACUGAGAGCAUAGAGCAGAUCUUUAAUAAUUUACUGCUACAAGACAGCUGUCAAAUGUGGACGUGAUGCUCCGAACACUUUUCCCUAUUCAAUUAAAAAGUUCACUUUUAAAAAAUAUUAAAAGUUGAUGUAUUAAAACAUUGAAACAGGGGCUGGAGAGAUGGCUCAGUGGUUAAGAGCACUGACUGCUCUUCCUGAGGUCCUGAGUUCAAAUCCCAGCAACCACAUGGUGGCUCACAACCAUCUGUAAUGAGAUUCAAUGCCCUCUUCUGGUGUGUCUGAAGACAGCUACAGUGUACUCAUAUACAAUAAAUAAAUCUUUAAAAAAAAAAAAAAAAACAUUGAAACAGUUAAGUAUUACUCUAAAUAGGUUGAAAUGUACUGCCAUUUAAUGCACAUAAGAAAAUAUAAGAGUAUGUUUCUCCUGUAAUUAUUUAUGAAAUAUAAAUUAUUAAUGAAAUAUAAGAAAUAGUAAUUAUCAUAAUGUCAUAAGACAUGACAUUUUACAAUGUUAAGUUCUCUGACAACUGUUCAGUUCUUUUUCUAGUUUGUCUUCUUGAAUUGCUUUUUCUAUUUCCUCAUUUAAAUGUCUAACCCUGUAAGCCUUCUUUUCUGAAUUCCUUCUUGUGGUACCCGUUUUGUGGUGUACUUAUAGUACUUUUGCAUCCAGAGACAUGUUGCCUUUAUAGGCGCCCCAGCCAAUGACUGAGUAAGAGACCUCACCAUGCCAGCCAGGGAGCUGGAGGUCUCCUGUCCCAAGCCACCACCCUUUUCUACAAAUGCUACUCACCAGUCCACCUUUGUGGAGCCCAGUUGAGUUUAUGUAACAAUAUACUAGAAAGUGGAGUUUUAGAGAAUAAAAUUGCUUCAUGAAAACCGGAUGUAUCUCAGUAAGAGAACACUUUCCUGACAUGCCAAGCUAGUGUGCUGGUUCAGUGAGACCCUGUACACAUGUGCACACAUGCACAUACAAACACACUCAUGCACACACAACAAACAGAGAUACUCUUUAUUCUGACCACUCAAUCAGACAUCUCCUAAUGCUGUUGCUAAUGAAAUGGGUGACCUCAUCAUCUGAAAUUCCUUUCAAGUUGAGAAUAAGCCAUUAACAUGCAUUCUUUGGGCCUGAUCAUUCUAUACAGAUGAAGCCACUUUUUUUUUUUCCAAUUCAACCUUUAUAUCACAACAGGUUUUCUCAAACACUCUACCUACCAAUAUUUUGGGCUUCAGGGUGCCCUGAGCACUAGCCUACUGCCCAUUUUAAGGCAGGAGUUAAUCUUCUAAGGGGGACCUCAUCUCCAUUGGUUGGAAUUAUGUUGGGACCUGUACUCAAGUAGCUUACAGAACCCAUCUUUUACCCACUUCAAAAUGUCAGCUCACCGAUUUUUUUUUUCCUCUCUACUACCUCAAAAUUCUAAUUACUACGUAAUUCACAGUUUCAUAAUAAAAUAACCUGUCUGGGAACUAUGGACCUGCAGGUGGUAUCAUUUUCUAGUUAUUCCUUACCGUGUCUUCACUUAUCAUGGCAUUCACUCCUUUGCAUUCAAGGUUUGCUACCCUGUUUAAGUAUCAUGCUUAAACAUUGUAUUUUGUCACCUUUGGGUCUAGGUAACAAGGGGUCAAAACCCCCAGAACUGUGCGUCCAAAUAAACCACUUCUCAUUUUAAGUGGCUUGCCUCAGGCAUUUGUCUCAGUAAUGGAAAGCUAACACAGGGCCUUGCAAUAUUCUACUGCCAUAGGCAGAGCUGAGCAAGCCUCGCUGCUGACCGGUGAUACAUUCUUAAACGUCUCUGGCUGUUACACAUGUCUCUUUGUGAAAAUAUAACAAUGUUAAGUGAAAUGGUAGAGUUCAGUUACAUUUUGGCAUAACCUAAAGAAAAGUGUGAGACACAGUAAGCAUUAACAGAGAAGCGAUAGAGCCAGUGACACCAUGGGAAUGACUCAGGACUGUGGCUGGCCUAAGGAAGAACAACUGUGCCAUGUAGGCUAUGUAACUCAGCCUUCCUUACAUUCUCUUGGUAUGUAACUCUCUCCUUUCUCGACAGAACGGCUGGCUGGCCACUAACCAUGCAGUUUCAGCUCACACCCAAGGAAGAAGGAAAAAGGAAAUUCUUGUUUGGCCCAGGUAGGAGCAAGACUCCAUGGAGUAGAAUCUUAGCAGUAGCAAAUAUAUUCAAGAAAGCAGAGAGCUGGGAUGGAAAGGGAAGGGAGGAAGGAAGUAGAACAAUGGAAGAAGAGAGGCUAAAUUCCUAAUCUGCUGCUCUAAAUGGGAACAUAUGUUCCUCUGAAGGAAUCUCUGGACAGGAGUAACAAAGCUUGGCCAGAGUUUUAAACCUCUGUGGAGAAGGUAAAAAUAACAACUAAUAAUGCCUGUCCUCCACAAAAGCAGAAGCCACAUAACUCUCUCAAGAGAACUUAAUGUAGAGUAAAACAGUAACAUUCAAAAAAUGGUAGCUUGUUUAAAAUUAUGUUCUAAUGUGACAGUUCUGUCUAUUCACAGGCAUACAUAUGCCAUGGCACACAUGGAGGUCAAAGGACAACUCUGGGGGAUUUCUCAUCUUCCACCUUGUCGAAGCAGGGUCUUUCUGGUUGAUCUCUGGCCCACAAGCUCCCACCUCUCACCUCUCAUCGUUGCCUUCUUCACUGCCAUAAGAUGGCCAGCACAUCAGGUUUACAUGGGUAAGUGAUUACGGCAAGCACUUUCACGGAGCCAUCUCCCUGGCCCUAGCUGUGAUUUUCAAUGUUAAAUAAACACACAAUACAGAUUUUCCCCCUUAGAGAAUUGUUAAGACUUGUUUCUACCAAUAUUGUUUAGCAGAUAUGAGAAACAAGGCCUGUCUAUGUCUAUAGCUAAAGAAACAGACUCGUGAACAGUAAAAGAUUACACUACGUGUUCCUACCAGUAACUGAUUUUUUUUUUUUUUUUUUUUUUUUGAGGCAGGGUCUGAUGUAAUUAAGCUGGCUCUAAAUUUCCUGUGCUGUAGCCAAGCAUGACCCUGAAGUUCUCCUCUGCCUCCAAGUGUGUCCACAUCUGGUUUUGACUCCAUGCACACUAGGAAGACUCUGUCAACUGAGGUGCAGUCCAAGCUCACCCAAUAUCAUUUUGUUAGUUGCUGACCACAAUAACCACUGACACAGACACCCCAUCUGUCUUUCCUCCACUUUACUACUCAGAGAACUUACUCCACAGGAAAAAUGCUCACACAGGAUUCCAAGACCUAAACUUAUCAAUCAUAAUUAGUUAGCUUUAUCACAAUAGCUUAAGGGCAUGAAAUCAAAAAUUUUAAAAGGUGAAAUCUCAAUUAUAAAAAUAGGAUUUAUUUACAUAUAGAAACAUACAGAAUACAAGAUACAUUUACUAACUACUUACAAUUCUGCUUUUCAACUGGGGAGUUGCGUACACAGUGUAAAGAGUGGGAGGAGCUCCUAAAGUCUCCAUUGUAUUUUGCGUUGUAGUUGUGUAUACAGUGUAAAGAGUGGGAAGAGCUCCUAAAGUCUCCAUUGCAUUUUGAUCCCAGUCUCACAUGGUUUCCCUUUACUGGAUCAGUCAUAAAAGAUUAGAGCAUUUAUUGUCCAAGAAACAGUCUAUCUAGCAAAUUUUUUUUCAAUCUGAGAUUCAAGAACAUGUAAUGAAGUAUCUUUAAACUUUGUCAACACUUUAUUCCAUACAUCCAACUUCCCAGC